AUGGAAUUUCAUGAAAGCCAGCAAAGUCAGAAAAAAAGUGUGAUGAAGAAAGUGAAGACCUUCAUCGGGAGGAUGCUGUCAGCCCGGCACAGACACAAGCCAGCCGGUUCGGGCGCCCCCAGCCCCCAGAAAGCCCUCCUUCCCCACCCGCAGAGCCUUCCUCCUGAAGGUGCCCAGGAGCUGCCGCCGCCCAGGCUCCGCUCCACUCCGAGGAUGAGAAAACUCCCACAGAACGCUCUCCAACUCGACGUUGUAGAAGCAGAGACAGAGGAGAUCACCCGCGGAAGCACACUGCUCCGGGCCAGAACCACCAGACGGCUGUCGGUGACAUCCCUCCCUGCGGGGCUGCACAAGGAAAAACCACCAUCCCUCAGGUUUGACAGCGUUGUCCAGCACAUGGCUGCACUUCUUUGUGUUUAUCUGUCACAGGUGGAUGACCUCAUAGAAACAGUGACUGACAAGUCCCUGAAGUUACUGGCCCAAAGGCACGCUGAGCUUCAACAGUGUGAGUUUCUAGGGGACGAAAUUCUUCAGUCUUCUAAGCAGUUCCAGAGGAUUUCCAAGAGAACCAUGAGGAAGUAUAAAUUGAAGAAUGUGUGUUUCCCAUGUACCUGCUGCUGCUUCUGA